AACCUUCCUCUUCCAUUGAACCCAGCAUUCACUCAGCCGUGGCUGCUGGCUUGUUGUGUUCAGAUGUGGAAGGGAACACCUUAAGGAAACGGAUAAGAAGAGCGUCAAAAGUAAUGGAGUCGGAAAUAUUGAAGAUCGUCUGCGCCAAUCAAGGAUCAAUUGACACCGAUGAUUUGAUAUUGAAUCUCGGAUUAGGCGAUUCAGUUUAUGAUGUCAUUAGUAACCAAGAUAAAUUUGCUUUGUGUUGUCCUUACGGGCAGCCGAAGGUGGUGGCCAGGACCAGACUGAAACUGACAGGAUGCAAAUUCUCCCAUGACCUGGACUCUGAUCACAAUGUGAGGUUACUGCGAGUGCACGAGCUGGAGAGUCUGAGCCGGACCGAGCUGAGCACACUGCUGUUGCAGAGUGACAGUUGGCUUCUGCCUGAUAUAUGUCAUAACUACAACAAUGGUGGCGGAGAGUUUGGCUUGUGUCAGGAGGGUUUCGCCUGCAAGAGACUGCAUAUCUGUGAGAGGUUCCUGAACCGCGACUGCAGCUGCUCCAAGGCUCAUUAUUUUAAUGCUCCACAGCCAUACAAGAGCCUGCAGGAGAAAGGCGUGCCUGAAGACCUCACUCAUUCCUUGAAGUCUGUUUAUGCAAACAAAUUGGCUUUGAAGUACACUGACAGAAAGCAACCAAACUCUUCCACCAGGGAAUUCUUUGCCACUCCCAACAAAACUGGGAGAGGGGGAGGUGUUCACCGGGGCAACAGAGGCAACAGAGGCAACAGAGGCAACAGAGGCAGCAGGGGAAAUAGAGGCAACAGGGGCAACAGAGGAAAUAAAGGAAACCCAGGCAACCGUCAACCGGCGCAACGAACCUCUUCCACUGAUGACAUCCUUGCUGAAAUCAACGCCUUAGUUCCGCCCAGCAACGAUGGAAUGAACGAUUGGCUGCAGCUAAACUCUUCCACCAGUGACAUCUCCGUUGCUGCCAACGACACUGAUGCAAGCAGCGACGAUGGUCAGAGCAAAAAACAAAAUCUGAAUAAAACUUCAACAGCUGUCAGGGAGAAAGGCGGGAACAUGGUCAAACCAUCAACCAGUUCCACUAAUGACAACCCCGGUGCUGUCAUCGACGAUGCAAAAACCGAUGACGGGCCGAACAGAAGACAAAGGCAAAGGCCUGCUAGAGAGAAAACUGAGAUCUGCAUGUUCUUCAUCAAAGGAAACUGUAUACAUGAGGAGCGAUGUUUUAAAGCUCACGACAAGAUGCCGUACAGAUGGGAGGUCAGAGAGGACAAUCAGUGGACCGCCUUGACUGAUAAUGAAAACGAGGCGAUUGAGAAGGACUUCUGCGACCCUAAAAACACUUACAGUCAGCACCCCUACAGCACCCCACCUGUGCAUUUUGACACAAUGACCCGUGGAUCGAACAAAGUCCGACGUCUCUCCACCACCAACUCUUUGCUUGAGCCAACCUUCAUCCACACCACUGAGUGGGUUUGGUACUGGGAGGAUGAGUCCGGAACGUGGAACAUGUACGCUUCAGCUGCUGGUGGAGGCAAAGUAUCAGACAUAGACUGUCCUACACUGGAGCAAAGGUUUCUGGACAAUGACACAGAUGUGGUGGAGUUCACCGCUGGUUCCCAGUCCUACUCACUCAGUUUCCCAGACAUGAUACAGACAAACAAGCAGUACGGCACCAAGAGGCUCGUGAAAAGACGUCCGCUGUUUGUCUCUGCAACUGAUGUCAAAACAAAGAAAGUGAGAAGGCCUCUUGGUAUACAAAGUUUGGCCGCUGUACCCGGCCACUGGGACAAGACGCAGAUUCCUCAAACAGGAUACAAGCGAGUCCCCCUGCAGCGCUCCGGAUGA